GUAAAGAGAAAUAUUAAAAUAGUACGUGGACAUCUAAUAAAAGUAUCAGCUUAAACAAUAAAUGGAGUAGGUUUUCCUUUAGCACGAUUGUCAAAAGACAUUCACUUUCGUGCCUUCCAAGCUAGUGUCGUUUCCUAGUGAAUACAUUUUACCAGUCGUGGUUUUCCGCCGCAUGGAAACAGAAACAUUUUUUCUUUUUUUUCUUUUUUUGUGGUAAUUAAUCUUUCCUUGUGAGAGGCACUAUGAUUAGGAUCUUAAUAAAGAUGCCAAAUGAACCAGAUUUAUAGAAUAUCAUCAUGCACACGUACUGCAUUGUGUUGUCUGAUAAUUAAAAUUCGCCUUUGCAAAAAUAAAGAUGCUUGAGCAACCCAGGGUGACCCAGGCGUGCUAUUGGUUCGAACUAUGACAUCUUCAGCACCAGGAAAUAAGUAUGGAUUUUUUGUUCUUCUUCGCUUGUGAGGUGGUAAAUGAUGUUGUUGUUCUUGAAUACGUAGAUUUUAAAAUGUAGAAUGUUUUAUUUUUAUUGUUUUCUUGAAACCCCGACAUCAAUCAGAUAAGGCUAGAUUAACAAAUUUGAAAAAAAAAAUUAGAAAAAAAAUUUUUAUUCGAAAAACAUGAGGUUAACGUCAUGGUUACACAUAAGCUAUGUCGAGCUUUCAUUUGUUGCCGUAUUUCUCAGUUUGCACAGCAGACUCGUCAAUGGAAUUACGUAUGUUGAACGUAAGCGGGAUACAUUUACCCAAGGAAAGCCUGAUCUAUUUGGAUUCAAUUACACAUUUGGAGAAUGUCUAAAGAAGUACAAUGCUAAUUUACGUUUAAACGGUUUAUGCCAAUGCAAGGAUGGAGAAAGUACAUAUCUCCACUUCAAAAACGCGUGUAUCCAGAACGAGAAUAUCGAAGAUUACUUUUCUGAUGCUAAAGUUUGUCCUGAUGGCCCAGUAGGAUUCAAAUACCAAUCAGAUCAUGGCCCGAUUCCUGUGUUUGAUCUAACAACAGCUUCAUCAUCAUCAUCUGAUGACGUGUAUUUGAAAAAAGGGAAGACCGUCAGUGGUCAGUGCAUUGUCUCAAAAUUGCAGUACUUAGAGGAUUCAAGUGGAAUACUGUGUGACGAAACAACGAAUUUUGCGAACGUGUUUUCUCUCAAACAGAUACGGCAAAAAGCAGUGUAUUUACACUGGCGUCCAAUAUCCGAAUCAAGCAUCUUAAAUGGAAGAGUUAUUGUCAUUGCAUUCGCAAACUGCACAAUUCAAUUCUGGGAAAGUCGGGACGGAGAAUCCACUAAUCCCUGCAUUAUUUUCAAGGCUCAGGGUACUAUAACAUUAUCCGCAAUUGACAUAUCACCUACUCCUACAACUGUAGUACCAAGUGGCUCAACUAAACCACCUCCACAUUCAGCUAGUUAUCCUUCCUAUGUGUUGACUGGUUCGCACCCGAAAACAACAACAACAACAACAACAACAACGCCAUCGACAUCGCUUAACGUACCAGCAUCAUCACAAACAUCAACACUACAGAGUACAUCAACCGUUCUUCUUGGAAUCCUACCAGUAAAACCAACCAGCUCUUCAAACCCAACGAGCAGUAAAAGGGCUGAAACCUUAAAGAAUACCUCGUCCCAUACUGGAGCCAUCGUGGGAUCCGUCAUUGCUGUACUUGCAGUUGUACUCGUAGUUGUCUUCGUGGUCUUAAUUUGCCGAAGACGGAAACAAAAAAACUGGCGCAGAGAAACAGCAACCCAAAUAUGCACAAACAACCCGACGUAUGGUCGUAGAAACACCACAGAGACAAUAGAGUUACCACAGGCAAGAAACACAGAAAAGAAAGAAGAUGAAUUUGAGUAUGAUUACGCUGCAAUGGACGGCGAUCCUCGUUCCCCUGGUUACCUAAAAUCCAAUCACAGCAAAGGAAACGGAGUAUACCAAAGUUUAAUGCCUGACUCACAGCAAGCCUCAGUUUAUACUCCGUUGAACAGAGAGAACAUCAUUGUAUCAGACCAGCCAAGUGAAUACAAUAAAAUAGAACGUCCAUUGUUCAAACCAGCUCGUCCUACAGACCCACUUUACAAUGUUCUUCAAAGACCCGAUGASAGCAAUGACGAUUAUCUAGAACCAGGGGUGCAGAUUUGUGCAAAAGAGCCUACGUCAAACAGGGACCUCCCAWUUAAUGAGCCUGUUUAUAACGUCCUUGAGRGCCCUAAUGAUGAUAAUGAUAGCGCCCCAGAGAGWGAUAUGGGACACAUGGGGCACUAUCGCCUUGAUAGUGAUGGCUAYGAAUCUACUUUUGAAAUGAUGCCAGUACUAAGGACCAAAGAUGACCCUACAUAUGAAGCACCAUCUGGUCCUUUAUCUGAGUCUACCUACCAGCACCUAGAUAUAAAGUCACCUGAUGACGGCAUGUAUCAGCCUUUGGAUCAAGCUUCAAGAGUGAUUGAACACU